AUGGUUCAUCCAAUUUUUGGUUGUCUCUCUGAUGAUUGUGUUCUCAAUUUUGGUCUCUAUACAAAAUGUUCUGAACUAAUUCCUUCUUCGCUUCAAUCGGGUGCUGAUACUAUUGAAGAAUCUUCAACAUAUGCAUCGAAAGUUUCAUCAAAGACGACUGCUUCCACUGAGAAACUUCCAUUAAAGAAUACAAAAUAUUCAGCAGCAGAUCCACCUUCAUUCACCGACUACAUCUCCAAGAUCUACAGUUCAAAGAUUCGUAAUAAUGUUAAAUCAACCUUUGUAACUCCUAAAAAUUUAUUAUAA